UCCUCCUUCCAUCCCGGGGACGAGUGUGUUCCGCGCACAAGUUGAGCACUCGGCUAUGAGAGCCGGGGGACGCGCAAAAAUGGAGCGACUUGGAUUCUACUCAGCCCGUAAUCUUUGAGUGACAUUACUUUGCCUCCACAUGGGAAUUAGGACUCACUUUGAGAAGCAAGUUCAAACUUUGCAGGGAGCAGAAGUGGCUGGAUGACAAGAGCGCGCGAUGGAUAACCUGGUCAAAAAAGGCACGUGCUUGUCGCGAAUGUAUUAACUUUCUUUUGAGGAGAGUGUCGGAAUUUGUGUCAUCGGGUUUUAGUUUUCAAUGACAAAUGUGCGUUGGGCAUGUGUUUUGUCACAAUUAGAAUGACCACCGUCACUGCCUAAUUCGUUUACCACAAAGAAAGAAAGGAAACACUUUUUGGAACAGUCCCAGAGGCUUUCACGGACCAGGAGAUGGCAGCUGGACGUGAAGAACCGGCGAUUUUCGGAUCAUUUUGGACGCUUCUUCUGGCCAUAUUUAAAGCAUCGGCGUCAGCAGGUGGAGGACCAGGCGGAGCAGGACCGGAAUCCUUCCAGGCCCGUUUCUCUGCAUCUCUGCCCACCUACCUGCCGGUCCAGUGCCAGCUAAACAGCGCUGAGUCCGCCUUUUUCUUGCGAGAGGCCAAUCAGGAAGUGAUGCGUAAUGGCAGUCUCUCGUCCCGUACAGAGCCUGUCUUUCUCCACCAACUGGAACCGCAGUCGCUGCCGAGUGUUAACUGCAGCUACGGCAACCUGAGUGCAGAGCUGCCUGUUCCGGUGGAGCUCCUGCAGGGCCCGGCGCCACAUCUGCUCCCGCUGACCAACCAAGUGACCCUGAACUGGAAGGUCAAAGCUCAUGUGGUUGUGUCUGAGGUGGGCUCAGAGCAACCCUGGAUUCAGGUCUUGUUCUAUCUGGUGGGUCGACGCUGGGAUGAGUCUGACCCUCUUCCACCACGCCUCCUGCCGUGUAUGAGGGCCAUAGCUGUCCGAGACCACAAUGAAGCAGCCCCUUCUGCAGGAUGCAAACUCAUUGGCCCAUCUGGUAUCUGCGUGAUCCGUUUAGAACUGCCUCCUUCCUGGUUUUCAAGCCCACAGAUGAAAAGAAGGCCCUCCGAAAUCUCCCUGCAGUCAGUGGAUGUGUACUACUCUGUCAUUCCAGUAGAGGGCACUGGUCGAGACUGUCCUUCUUAUGUGAACGAGCCAUGGAAAAAUCCAAAUGUUGGACCUCUUGGAGGACUGGCGGGACAGUGGGGAGCACCUGUCAAGGGCGGUCUGCAGGAAAUGAUGAAUGCUGGCGUAGUUCAAUUGAGCGCUGGUCAAGUGUCCAAGUCCAAGGGAACCAGGUUGAGACUGGAUGAAAAUGUUGAGGUUGUUGUUCCUCCUAGUCCAGUUCGGCUUGGGAAGACAGUGGCAUUCGAGAUCUUCAUGAGAACGGACUCCAUCAUAGAGCAGUUUACACUCAGGGUGUGGUUCCAGGCUGGCAUCAACUUCCUGGCCGUGAGGCCGAGCAACCUGGUUGCGUGGGAAAUCAAACAGGAAAUGGCACAUGGCAGCAACUCAUUGGCAGUGAUAUGUCAAAGAAAGGCCUCCUCCUCAGCUGAGAGGCUGGACACUGACUCGUAUGAGGUGAUGCAGUUGGAUUUCGAAAUCGACAACGUGAUCAACCUGGUGCCCACUCAGACGCUGCACUGGAACAUCGAAUACCCGUCCACCAUGCAGCCAGUGUCGCGGCAGACUGAGAAAGUCUCACACAUUCACAUCAGCAACAGAGACAUCCAGGGGAUCGUGCCACUGGCUGAGGACACAGAGGUGGUGAACACAGCCAUCCUCACGGGUCGUCAUGUGGCCGUUCCCAUAAAAGUGGUUACGGUGGAAAUGGAUGGACAAGUGCGAGAGGUGGAGGACUCUGUCGCCUGCAGCUCCACUGACGUGGAUGUGCUGAAGGUUUCACCAAACUGUGACCAAGUGUUGGUGAACGGAAAAGAGAUGCGCGGCAGACAGUCUCUGACAGUGAACUUCACGUACCUGCAUUUGACCACUCAACUCCAGAUCACAGUGUGGGUCCCCAAACUGCCUCUGCAGAUCGACGUCUCAGACACUGAGCUAAGCCAGGUGAAAGGCUGGAGGGUCCCCAUCGUCACCAAUAAGAGACCCACGAGGGACAGUGAGGAUGAUGAGGAUGAUGAGAAGAAGAGCAAAGGCUGCACACUGCAGUACCAGUACGCUCUGGUGCGGGUUCUCACCCACUUCGUCACCGAACCGUCAGAUCCCAGAGGUGAUAUGGUUUACAUGCUGGGCUCAGACUGGCAAGCUGAUAUCACUCACCUGGUGUUGGAUCGACUGAAGGUGGAAGACCCUCGAAUCGCCAAGCUGGUUGACGGAAAGAUUUUAGUCGGACGGGAUCUCGGAAUCACAACCAUACAGGUGCUAUCCCCUCUGUCCGACACAAUUCUGGCAGAGAAGACCGUGACGGUAAUGGACGACAAGGUGACCAUCACAGAUUUGGGAGUCCAACUGGUCGCGUCUUUGUCCAUCAGCAUAGUGGCAAGUCCAGGAAAUUCCCAGGCAAUCCAGCUCUCCACAACAGCAUCAGACCUUCUACACACGCAGAGACAGGAGGCUGCAAUCAGUGCUUGGAUCCAGUACAGUGAUGGUUCUGUGACGCCUCUCGAUAUCUACGACCCCAAAGAUUUCUUAAUUUCAGCUGUGUCACUCGAUGAAAGUGUCAUCUCGGUCAAUAAUCAGGAGCAGCUUUGGCCUGUCGUAGUGGCUGAAGGAAAUGGACAAGGAGCCCUUGUGCGAGUUGAGAUGGUCAUCUCUGAGACGUGUCAAAAGUCCAAACGAAAGAGCGUGUUGGCUUCUGGUGUUGGGAACGUGAUAGUGAAAUUUGGAGCAAAGAGUGACGAGAGGGGAGUGUUGGGAAGAGGAGGCCUGGACGACAGCAGUUUGAGCAACACCACCAAGGGGCAGCCAGUGAAGGAGGGAGGAGACUGGCAAUCCAAAAGCGUGGUGGCAGAUAGGGAGGAAGGAGCCAUGAGGAAAGUCAGCUCCACCACCAAGAGCACAGUGACCCACCGAUCUUCAGGUGACAAAGGUGCCGGCGGGGGCAACACCAGCAGCCGAGGCAGUGGUCCAGGCCAGUCUGGGGACGAAGGCAUCGACCCAGCUCAAGCAGAAGUGCCCAGGAGUGGAGAAGGGGAGUUGACCCAGACCGUCAGAGGUCUGUCUGAUCUGGAGAUCGGCAUGUACGCCCUCCUGGGAGUCUUCUGCCUGGCAAUACUUGUUUUCCUGAUCAACUGUGUCAGUUUUGCAUUCAGAUAUCGCCACAAGCAGGUCCCAGUGCUGGAGGCUGGUGGCAACAUGAACCACGCUCAUGACUGGGUGUGGCUGGGCACAGAGGCUGACCUGAUGGGUGAUCAUGCGGAACGAUGCCAGGCCGGGCUUCCUGACGAGUGCACCACCAUCAUUGACCGGACUGAGGAAGCAUAUGAGGAGAGCAAGUACCUUCUGAACGGAGCUGGCACCACCUUGGUGAUGAGCGGCAGCAUGGGCAGCAUGAGCGGUGGGACACACCGAGGAAUCCCUCACGGGCAAACCUUACCACGAUCGGCGCAGGAAUCCCACCAAUGUCUUUCAGCCAUGUCCUCUGCUUGCAAAGACCCAAAGGGUCAGGGCGAGCACCUAAACAACUCCCCUCGGGCAGCAGCAGCAGCUGCCAAACGCAAACGCGUCAAAUUUACGUCAUAUGCCACCGUCCUGCCCAACCAUAACUCAGGCGUGGGCCAGUAUGGCAACUCCUCCGUCCUGGUGAGUGGUGGGAACGAGGAUGACAUCAAGUGGGUUUGCCACGAUAUGGACUUGGGUCAAUCUGAAAUCAGAACCUACAUGGAGAGGCUGCAAGACAAUCUGUGACGAGGCAACAAAAUGCAGAGGAGGUGGGAUCGAGGGUGCGAAGGUGCGAUUGACCUUUAAUGCCUUGGCUGUGGAUGAAGAGACAGAUUGUCAGGCAGAGUGGAGUGAAGCCUCUUUUAGCCAAAGGAAGACCACUCACAUUAUGACACCAAUAAUAUGUUUGUUUUCUCUUAUUUAUGCUAAAGCCUAGAUGUUCAAAUAUUCCUACAGUAUUUGUAAACAAUUGUGCUAGAUCCAUUGAAGGAGUUGCCUCCUCAUGCUGAAAGGGAAAACGCGUCAGGACAAACUUGCACUAAGGAGUCUAUAUAUGUGACAGAAUGUUCCCAAAUUUAGACAACCACACAUAUGUCCGAUUAACCGACUCUAAGGAUUUUUACAGUUGCACAAUAACAGACUGUUACAUGAUAACUUCCAACCAAUGGUGGCUCCUGAAAUAAUAUCCUGAAGACUUUCACCCCUCUACCACCUGAUGAACCUUGUCUGUAAUCGGACAGCCGUGACAUGAACUCACAUGAAAGACUUUUGGACUGAGCUCUUAUUAAUGAUGGUUAUUUAAAAACACAUGAAAAUGAAUACAGAAAAAAAAAAAACUGUUUAUGACUGUCGUUAUAUUACAUAUAUAGAUAUGUUGCUUUUCGUUUGUUUGAUAUCUAGACUUCUUUUUAUUACUUUUGUCCAUUAAUAGUACUUUUUAAUUUCAACAUUUUAAUAUAU